AUGACGGCAGCAGCCGCGACCAACCCGAUCUUGUUGAAUGGCCUCGCAGGCCUGCUGGCCUCGAUCGCCUCCACCGCAUUGCUGUACCCCCUGGACCAGAUUGGAGUCAUCUCCCAGGCCGCAGGUGUGCAUGGAGGCCUGCUCAACAUGCUGCUCUCCGAGGAUGACUGCUUCAGGGGCUUGGGAAGCCAGCUUCAAGCCACUGGCUUGUCCUACUUCGUGUACUUCAGUGCCUACACCUACAUGAAGCCCCACUUUCGGGCGCGGCAGAUGCCGCCGAGCGUCGCGGACGGGGCUGGAGUUGGCAGUGUUGUCGGCGAUCGGCAGUUCUAA